UGCCGCGUUCUGAGUGCGGCUGGUCCGCGCGCUGUCUGAGAAACACAGCGCUGUGUCUGUGUGCGCGUUUAAAAGCAGCCCUGUAGAAGCGGUGAAGGCGUGAGAGUUCAUCAGGGCAUCUGAGUUCAGUCCUGACCGCCGCACUUCACCACCAGCACAGCCAGCCAGCUGCCUCGAGAUGCCGGUUGCGCUCAUGGAGGAACUGGACCGGGGAACGAGCUCUCUGUGUGGAAGCGACGCUCACAGUCCACACGACUGGGCUAUAGAUCAGCCACCUGAGAGGGUAUGUCAGCGGCGACAGAGAAACAGAGACGCAGCCCGCAGAAGCCGCAAAAAACAGACAGAGAGAGCUGAUGUGCUGCAUGAGGAGCUGCAGACUCUGGAGACGUCCAAUGCUGCCUAUGUGAAAGAGAUCGCUGAACUGAAAAAGGAACUGCAGCAUUACACUACAAUUUUGAAGGAACAUGAACCCCACUGUACAGUACAGUGUUUGCCGGGGCCUUCGGUGCCCUUCACAGCGUCCACACCCAGCACCACUACCUCAGACUUGACACCAACUUUCGACUCUAAUCCAAUUCCAGAGGUUCCAGUUCUGCCUCUACCCACACCAGAGCCAGGCUUCUGUUUGGUUGAUCUUCUGGAAAGAAAUGAAUGGCUGCCUUGGGACUCGAUGGACAUGUAAGACAAAAGCUAUUUUGACAAAAAAAAGUGCCUGUUGAAGAAGGAACCAGAUGACUGGCAACAAACACAGAAACAGAGACCCAGCCCUAUCCUGGCUUUAAUGCUCAGGUGUUUAAUAAGUUGAGUGUUAUGUCUUUGCUAUACUAUUCAAAUGUCAUAACAUGAUUAUGAACUUAAUUACAUAGUCAUUUACAUUAGUAAUUGUAUUUACAAUUGAUUUACAUUCUGUAAUAACAGGUAUUUCUACAAAACAAGACUGUAUGCACAAUAACCUCUUCUACUUGUGAACACAGGUGGUAUGGACUGAUAGUUUAGGGUAUGCUUGCCUGAAAAAAUUCCUCCACUUUCUUCAAUGUUAAUUCACUGAGAGGGAUAAUAGCAUCUUCUAAGAUUGGAGAUGUUAAUUAGGAGGGUCAGUUGUUUUAAGGCUAGAACUAAACUCUCCAGAACAAGGGCUGGAUGACCCUGCCAUGGACCUUAGGCAAAAAGCCUACACACUGCUAGUGACUACUGAACCAUUUGCUGCUGAUCUCUUUAAUAUUGAUGUAAGACACACAUAUAUGAACAUAGAUCUAUAUGUAAGAUGCAUCUCUAUGUACAUACAUGAUUUGUAAGAUUUUGUAGACGCAUUUGUAGCUCAAACAAUAUCUCUUCUGAAAUGAAGGGUAUUAACAGGGAUUUUGUCCCCUUUUGCUGCACUAACAGUCUCUACUCUUCUGAGAGGACUUUACACUAGAUGUUAGAAAAUUGCUAUAAUGAUUUGAUCACAUUCAGCCCAAAAGAGCAUCAGUGAGGUCUGGUACUGAUGUUGGAUGACACCCAAAGGCAUUCAAUGGUGCUCCAUCACUCCAGUUCCACUGCUUCAUGCUGGAGGACUUUAUACCCUAUACCUGGUGCUUGGCACUGGUGAUCUCAUGAGCAGCUGCUCCCAAUGCUUUUGCAUGGACAAUGCUUUUCCAUGGAGCCUAUACAAGCUGUAAAUGCAACCAAAUGCUUUUGCCCCGUAAAGUAGCUUAAGUGAUGUUGGGGUGCGUGCAUCCAUACAUCCAUAUAUCCAUACACACAUGCACACAUAUGUAUUUACAAUCAGGCUAAAGCCUUGUAUCUCCAUUUUUGUUGUUUUUAUAUAAAUUGUGAACACCAACAAUACAAUUGGUCUUGGACAAACGUCCCCUUUAAAAUGGUUUUAUGAGGUUUUGUUUCAACAUCAACAAUAUAUGAAAAACAUAUAUGCAUAUUUGCUUUAUUUCAUAAACCUGCCUUGUACUUCCCCUAACUGGGCACUUCAUGAGCGGUUUACUAUAUGCUCAGUACAGUUCAUGUCUGUCUGCCACCAUCUCCUCUGUUCAUCACCGGUCAGUUGCUGACCAUAGGAUAGCUGUUGGCCAGAUAUUAUUUUGGUGGUGAACAAUUCUCAGUCCUGAAGUGACACUUAUAUAAGACAUGCGUGUUGCUGGUAAACCAGUAUCAGGCAGAGCAGGGUUGAUUUAAGGGUUUUUUUCACAUAUUAGUGCUUUUGUGAGUGAUCCGUCAUCCAAAAUGUCCAACCAAGAGCAGUUAAAUUGUCAGAAGCUAAACACUGAUAAAUGGCUAAAGGAUAGCUAACAUGAAGAGGGUAUGAAUAGACGUAGGGCUACAAGUUGGGCCUUCAAGAUAUGUGUUCCUAAUAAAUGUCAGGUGGAGGCAAGGGGGGGCAUGUAUUAUUCAACAUUCAUUCAACUAAUGAAUAUGCUUCUUUCUGUUUCAGGUGUAAAGUAUAGAAUGUAUUCAAUUACAGACUGCAUUAUUAAUCACUGUAUUAAGUCAUAUGUAAUAUAUUUAAUAUAUUUUUAU